UGUUCUUGCUCAUCCAUCCAUCGUCAUCCCAAAUGCAAUAACACUGUGGCACUACAAAGCUAACGCGUGCUUCGGCAGCACAGCACGCCCAUCAGCACAUGCGAGUAGUAGUCUAUAUAAACUUGGAAACAAUCCGAAAGAAGGCACAACUUAAGUGAGAUCUCAUUACAUUGCCCCAAGUAAGCGUUUGUCUUAGGCCCCAAGGUGCAUACUGAAUCACUUUGGAGACGAUGCACAGCGGAAGCACCAUCAUGACCACCUUCUCCUUCAAACCACCUCCUCCGUGCAGCAGCAGCAGGAGGAGGAGCUGCCAUGUCCAUGUUGGUGCCGCUGCUGCAUCGCCGCCGCCGCUCAUCAGGCGAUGCCCGAGCGUUUCAUGGAGGUGGCGGCUGCGGCAGCACACCUGCAGGUUGCAACGCGGACAGCAGUCACCGCAGCAGAAUUCCAACCUUGUUGAUGAGGAUGAUAGCCGGCUCAGUCAGAACGCCGGCAUUUUCCAUCCAUCUAUCUGGGGAGAUUUCUUUCUUGGCUACUCCAACCCAGCUGCAGCUUCAUCGCAACAGCAGCAGACUCAGAUGGCAGAACGAGCAGACAAGCUCAAGGAAGAAGUGGCCGGAAUGAUAGCAAGUUCAACUGUUGGUGGCCAGCAUGAGAGGCUACAUCUCAUCGACACACUGGAGCGUCUGUGUUUGGAUCACCUGUUUGAAGAAGAGAUUAGCGCUGCCUUACCACAGAUUGAGGCUGCUGGCGUCAUCGACUGUGAUCUUGGGACGGUGGCUCUCUGGUUUUCUCUACUUCGGAGACAUCGGUACAGGGUUUCACCAGAUGUGUUUGCGAGGUUCAAAAAUGAAGAGGGAGGUUUUUUAGCAGACAACCCUGAAGACCUACUGAGCCUUUACAAUGCUGCGCAUAUGGGGACGCAUGGAGAGACAAUACUCGAUGAAGCCAUAGUAUUCACCCGAAGGCGUUUAGAAACGACAUUACGCGACAUGGAAGAAUCAUCAUUAUUAGCACGCGAAAUAAAAUCUGCACUUGAAAUCCCUCUUCCAAGGAGGGUUAGAAUAUACGAAUCAAAGCAUUACAUAUCUGCAUAUGAGCAGGAUGAUGCCACAGUACAUGAGACGGUAUUGCAACUUGCAAAGUUGAACUCAAAUAUUAUGCAGCUCCAUCACCAGCAUGAUCUGGAAAUCAUUACAAGGUGGUGGGAGGGUUUACACGUUGAAUCGAGGUUUCCAUUUGCUCGAGAUAGAGUUGUCGAAUGCUACUUGUGGAUCUUAGGAGUAUACUAUGAACCGUGUUAUUCACGAAGCCGAAUAAUAUUGACUAUGAUUAUUGCCAUAGUGACCCUAUUGGAUGAUAUCUAUGAUUCUUAUGCAACUCCAGAAGAAUGUAAAAUACUUACCAAGUGCAUUGAAAGCUGGGAUGCUAAGGCGGCUCAUGACCUCCCAGAGUGCAUAAAAUUUGCUUUGGGGAAGAUAUUGGACAGCUUUCAAACCAUCGAGAAUAUGCUCCACCAGGAAGAAAAAUAUCGCAUGUCGUAUCUAAAAUACUUUCAAUUUCCAUAUACCUAUACCAUCUUCAAUUUCCAGACUGAAGAUCUGGUCAGAGGCUACAACAUGGAGGUAAACAUGCUUGAAGAAGGCUACAUUCCAAAGUUUGUUGAAGAGCACCUGCAAGUUUCAAUGAGAACUGGAGGAUGUCCUCUUCUGUCAUGUGCUUCCCUCGUUGGGAUGAAUGAUAUAGCAACAAGAGAUUGUUUUGAUUGGGUUUCUCGUGUACCUAACAUGGUCCGGGCACUUGCUAGAAUUCUCAGACUAUUAGAUGAUCUCCAAACAUAUGAGCGGGAACAAUUGAUCCCUCAUGUCGCAUCAACAAUCGAUAGCUACAUGAAGGAGCACAAUGUCUCGAUUGAAGUGGCACGUGAGAAGAUACACCCAUUGAAGGAGGACUCAUGGAAAGAUUUUAACAGUGAGUGGCUGAAUCCAGACAAUACCUAUCCCAAGCAGGUACUGGAGAGGAUAUUCAACUUGACAAGGACAAUGGAAUUCAUGUACAACCAAGAGGACAAUUUCACAAACUGCCCCAACCUAAAGGACACCAUCAAUUUGUUGUUUGUGGAGCCAUUUACAGAGCUUAUUUAGGAUUUGGCUACUCAACCAACAAUAAAAUGUUGGUCCUUCGUUCAGCAUUAUGUUUUAUUCACACAUGGUGGUUCUCAACUUGUCCGAUCCAUUUGUUAGGCGAUUGUAAAAGAAACCUGUUAUUGUAAAUUUGUUUAAUAUCCAUGAUCAGUUUUUACAAAA